AUGUCUACUACCACCGAAACUGCCGUCCCUGUUGAAAACACCAAAUUGGCCGAGUCCACCGCUGUCGCCCAGGACAAGGUCGCAGAAGUUGCCCAGCAAAAAGAGCAGGAAGCUCAGGAAACUAAAGAGGCCGCCGUACAAGCUGCUCAGGACGAGGCGGCCAAAGUGACCGAUGCGGCAGGCGAAGCCGAGAAGAAGGCGGAGGCAACCAAGACCGAGGCGGAAAGCCACGCCGAGGACGCCAAGGCCAAGGCCGGUUUCAAGACGGAAAAGAAGAGCGAGGACUCUCAGCAACAGCAGGGUAACGUGUUGAAGCGUUUUGUUGCCAAGAUCAAGAAACUUUUCAAGUAG